AACCAGUAAGAUGUUAAUAUCCUUGAGUACAACCAAAACAGUUUUCUUGAUUUUUAUACUUUUAAAAACUGGAGAAGGUAUUGAUGAGGACGGUGUAGGAAGGGAAGGAGGAGGGGGAGGAGGAGGAGGUAUUCCUCCUGUAUGUCCUCCUGUAGGAGAGGAAGGUAUCUGUGUCUGUGAGAACUAUCAUCUACUCUGGGAGGAGGAUAAUCUAUGCUACAGAGAGUUCAGUCGUGGGCCCUGCCUAGAAGGGCAUAGGUUGGUUUAUGAACCAUCUCUGGGAGCAGCAGAGUGUUCCUGUCCUGUAUUCUGGGCUAAAUAUGAGGAUGGAAAAUGUUACCAAGAAUAUUCACAGGGUCCUUGUGAGCUGGGAACAAUAGUAAUGGCUGAUAAGGAAGAAGGGUUUUGCAGCUGUAACAGAAAUCUAACAAUGUAUUAUUAUGAACCAGACAACAAGUGUUAUGAGCAUUAUUCAAGAGGUCCUUGUCCCCUGGGUCAUGUGCUAAGUUUCAACUACACUACCCUGAAACCAGAGUGUAGGUGUGAGGGAAACUUCAACUUUAAUCCUGAGGACGGUGCCUGCUAUGAGCUAAACACUGUAGGUCCCUGUCAGCAAAUGGAGAACUGUCAAGGAACUCCAUGCUACAUGAAGGGCACUGACACAGCUCUCACCGAAUGCAGAUGUCUGCCCUUGAAUUCUUUAACAGAAUCCGGAAAAUGUUUUGAACCUUUUACUAGGGGUCCAUGCGAGUUUGGAGAAUGGUUUGUUUGGAACAGGAAGGAAGGGGGGCGCUGUGAGGAGAAAAAGUAUUGUAAAAGAUUCGACAACUGGCAUUGGUGGUCUCCUCAUCAAAGAUGCUACAGACAAUAUACUCAGGGACCUUGUAAUAAGGGAAGUUUAUUUUAUCUUGAUGCUGAAAAAGAAGGUCCUGGAUGUCAUUGUAGAAAGGAGUGGGAUGCGUAUUAUUGGAAAGAAACAGGAGAAUGUUUUGAACAGGAGUCCAGGGGACCCUGUCAGGAGGGACAGUACUUCGGGUACAAUACUACUACUAGGGAGGCAGAGUGUAACUGUUUCAAAAGUCAUGUACAGAACGGUUCAGGAGCAUGCAUAGAACUUUAUACACAGGGGUUUUGUCCUGAAGGAACUAUAGUUAUCACUAAUAAUCAAACAGGUUUAUUGGACUGUGAUUGUGGACCUCAUCUCAGGGACUAUUAUUGGCCAGAAACAGGUCUUUGCUAUCCUCACUUCGGUCAGGGACCCUGUAAACCUGGAGAACAAUUUAGACUUCAUCCCCGAGAUCAUACACCAGCAUGUAUUCUGUGGGGUGGACCUCAGAUAUUAACAAAUUGAAUUUUUAGAAAUUUAAAUUUCCAGAUUGUAGUUUAAUACUUUAAAUUUCCAGAUUCUAGUUUAAUACUUUAAAUUUCCAGAUUCUAGUUUAAUACUUUAAAUGUCCAGAUUAUACAGUGUUUAAUACUUUAAAUGUCCAGAUUAUAGUUGAAUAAUCAAGAAUAGUUUUAAUGCCAGUUGUCAGUUUAAACAUCCAGAUAUAUUCAUUUCCAGAGUUUAAAGAUUAAAUUUCCAAAUCAUUUUUAAGAUUAAAGUUAAAAUGUUCAGAUUUUAGAUUAAGUUUCCAGAAUAUGUUUUGAAUGUCCAUAUUAUAGAUUAAAUGUUAAAUUUUCA